UCCUGACGCACCACCAAUGGCUGCAAUGACCAGCAGCGACCUGGAGGCCAUCUUGCACGCUACAGAGCGGCUCACUCAAUCCAUGACAAGCGAAAUCCAUUUUAACGAACCCAAAACAAGAAGUGGAACACCCCUAUCGGACGUCUCGCGGCUCUCGCCCACCCCCCAAGCGUGCUGUACUACUCCGCCUCCUUCUCCAGGGUUGACAUGUGGCACACAGGAUCAUUGCACGAAUAACGAAUGGCACAAAGCUCCACAAGACAGAAAGGCGACUUUUUGUUUGUCACAAAUCUUUAUCAAGUUUCUGAAACGAGAUCGAAAUCCAGUAGAAUGUAUUGCCUGCGGGGAUAAGGUCCCAGCGAAGCAAAGCUUCCGUGCGCCAUGUGCUCACCACUAUUGCCGGGAAUGCAUCGCGAAUUUCGCGAAAGCGUCCAUGAAAGACGAAACACUCUAUCCCUUGCAGUGCUGCCAGAUCCGAAUGGCAGCAAAGAAAGUCGAUCGACAAUUACCUAAACCACUGCAGACACAAUUCCGUGCCAAGACUGUGGAAUAUUCUGUCCCACCGGCUACACGAGUGUACUGCGCAAAUCAGAAAUGUUCUGCGUUCUUGUGCUCCUCGGACACGCGGAAUCGCAAGGCGAAUAUGACUUGCCGUGUGUGUGGCACCACGAUAUGUCUCGCAUGCAAGAAUAGGAGACAUCCGGGAGAAGAAUGCUUAGAAGCAGGACUGCAAAGAGACUUAAAGAGACUCGCAGACGAUAAAAACUGGCAGUCGUGUCCUGGCUGCCGGGCGAUCGUCGAACGUACAGAUGGGUGUAGCCACAUCACGUGUCGCUGUUCCACCCACUUCUGCUAUCGAUGUGGAGCUCGCUGGCGAAAAUGCUUUUGCCACAGAGACUCGGCGGGGGAUCACUAAGUCCCCUGUUAUAGCGGGAAGACCAUGUCAAUUCAGUGCGAACGAUUCAGAUAAUAGGAAGCAUAUGCAGCACCAAAGAGAUGUCCAAAUCUCCUAGAUGUCUCGUUAUGGACGUACCCUUCUGUUUACGCACUGUAUGGUACACAGACACACAGACACGAUACAAGUGUAUAGCCUUCGCAGAACAACCUCGUAAAAUUCACAAUUCGAACCAAUGUCUAUAUGUAUAAGCAUGUUAUAUCCUUGGUGUAUGUUUCAGUUACAGUAGUUGAUGAGCUUCG